AUGGCUGUCUUGAGUAAAUUGGCCCUCGCGGCCUCGUUCGCCCUCUGCGGCGUCUCAGCAGCUGGAAUCCAGCAGCAGCCGCUCACGGCUCCGUCUUCGCUCUCUUCGUCACACGAGACAGCCGUCGACUACAGCUCCAAGCCGCUGAUCGAUUCUGAAGCGCUGCAGAAUGCCAUCUCCAUCGAUGCUCUCGUGAAGCGCGCCGAGAAGUUCUACAAGUUCGCCCAGACCUCGGAGGAGGAAUACGGCCACCCUACUCGAGUCAUCGGCAGCUCCGGCCACGAGGAGACGCUCAAUUACAUUGCCAACACUCUGCUCGAUCUCGGCGAUUACUACAAUGUCUCUGUUCAGGAAUUCCCCGUCACGCUGUCCAACGUCUUCCAAUUCCGAUUGGUCUUGGCCGACGAAGUGUCCAAGUCUGCCAUUCCCAUGGGACUGACGCCACCAACCAAGGACAAGGAGCCUGUUCACGGCGACUUGGUGCUUGUCAAGAAUAGCGGCUGCAAUGCUUCCGAUUACCCCAAGAAUGUCAAGGGUAACAUUGCCUUCAUCCGCCGAGGAGAGUGCGCCUUUGGCGAUAAGUCUAUCGGGGCUGGAAAGGCCGGCGCCAAGGCUGCCGUUAUCUUUAACACUGAUCCAGAGGAGCUCCAUGGAACUCUCGGAUUGCCUGUGGAGGAUCACAUCGCGACCUUUGGUAUCGACGGUGUCGAGGGCAAGAAGAUUGCUGACAAGCUUGCUGAUGGCGAGUCCCUGGACGCCAUUGCCUACAUCGACGCCGAGGUCAAGCAGAUCCAGACGGUCAACGUCCUAGCACAGACGGAACAAGGUGACCCGGACAACUGCGUCAUGCUUGGUGGCCACAGCGACGGUGUUGCCGAGGGCCCUGGCAUUAACGACGAUGGCUCCGGCAGCAUGUCUGUUCUCGAAGUUGCUGUCCAGCUUACCAAGUUCAAGGUGAACAACUGCGUUCGCUUCGCCUGGUGGGCCGCCGAAGAGGAAGGCCUCUUGGGAUCUGACUUUUACGCCGAGAACCUGUCUGAGGAAGAGAACCAGAAGAUUCGUCUCUUUAUGGACUACGAUAUGAUGGCCAGCCCCAACUUUGCCUACCAGAUUUACAACGCCACCAACGCGGAAAGCCCUGCCGGUUCCGAGGAGCUGAGAAACCUCUACGUGGACUGGUACAAGUCUCAGGGCCUCAAUUACACCUUCAUUCCUUUUGACGGCCGUAGCGACUAUGAUGGCUUCAUCCGUGCCGGAAUUCCUGCUGGUGGAAUCGCCACUGGUGCCGAGGCUGUCAAGACAAAGGAGGAGGAGGAGAUGUUUGGCGGACACGCUGGACAGUGGCUGGACCCAUGCUACCACCAGCUGUGCGAUGACCUGGGCAACCUGAACCACACUGCCUGGGAGGUCAACACCAAGCUAAUUGCCCACUCUGUUGCUACCUUUGCUCUCUCAUUUGAGGGAUUCCCUAAGCGUGAGGUGGAAUCCGAGACUAUUAGCGCAUACGGCCAAACGAUGAAGCACCACGGCCCCAAGCUCAUCUUGUAAGCUGUUGCGAAUAUGUGUUGCUGUACAGAUUUGUUUGAGAGGAUAGACAUUGGCACGGGGAUUUUGGAUACUGUAUUUUGGGUAUAAUAUCAGACUUUUGGGCAUACUAGACAUAAUUGAACAUCCUAAUGGC